UGGCCCCUCUGGUUGUUCAUCUGAAGUCCUGCUGGUCUGCAUCUCCACUCGGAGUGGACAGCUGCCCCGCCCUUCCACCUCUGCAAAGGGCACCAUGACCCAGGAGGGGCAGGCUCUGCCCUCUCCCACCCCACCUGAAAACCCACCAGAGCCCAGUCCAACCAGCACUGAACCACCAGUAGACACACACAGCGACGCAGCUCGAGAGAAGGGUGAUACAGAGGAGAAACAAGGACAACAGAUCGAAGGAGGAGAGGAGGAUGUACAGGAGGAGACUCACAGAGAGGGAGAGGAGAGUGAAGGAGUCAAGGAUGAGGGAGGAGAGGGUGAAAUGGGAAACAGUGAAAGCACAGAGGAGGAGCAUCAACAGACAAAAGGAGAAGAAGAAGAAGGGAAGGGUAAUGAAGACGUGCAGGAAUCUGCUGAUGAGGAGCGAACUAACCCUCAACAACCCGGACGAAUGGCAAAUGGUAUAAGUGCAAAUGAUGACGACGAUGAGGCUGAUGGAGAGGAUGAAGGAGGAGAAGACGAAGAAGGACACGCAAAUUUGGAUACUUUCAGCUCAAACUUUGAGACGACCGUAGAGCAAGCCAACACGGAGGUGGAGGACGAAGAGGAGGAGGAGGAGGCCCAGAGAGAUGGAGAUGAACGAGGAAACCAGGACAGUUUCAGCUCAGCGUUCGAGCAGAUCGUGGAACAGGUUGAUGCUCAGGAAGACGAGGACGAAGAGGAGCGAGAGUCCGAGGAGGAGAAGGAGAAAAGUAAGGUGGUGGACAACAAAGACGGCUUUAGCUCCACAUUUGAGCGCAUCGUGGAGUCGGCGCUGCUGAGGGGCGGCACGUGUUACAGCAGCCUGGACUCUCUGGACGUGCUGUCACUCACCGAUGAGACGGACAGCUGUGUCAGCUUUGAGGCACCCCUGACACCGCUCAUCCAACAGAGGGCGCUGUUUCAAGGCCCCGAACCACUGGAGCUGGAACUGGCAACAGUUCAGGAGCAAGAAGGGGCUGAUGCUGGACCUGAUGCCCUAGAUGGGGACGUUACGGCUGGGCAGAGCCCUUUCCAUGGAGCGGGGGCCGUGGCUGGAUCAGGAGGAAGUCCGUUAAGGACAACCAUAACAGGAAGCAGGUCUGAAUUUGUGUUGAGCCAGCCUGGACGCUGGGCUAUCCCUAAUGGAUACCAUUCAGAGUCACAAGGAGCUGGGGAAGGCUCAGGCACCAUGAUCGGCUCUGUCAGGUAA